CAGUAAUUUGUUUUCGCUGUCCGCUGUCACAGGCGGAGGUAGCAUGAGCUCAUCAUCUGUUGCUGCUAGUGGCAGCAUGAGCUAUUCUGCCGCCACAGCGGGGGGCAGCAUGAGCUCAUCAUCUGCCACCGCUGCUGGUGGGACCACCAGCCUAGAAACACAACCUCCUACUGAGACCAACAACAACGUCGUGAAUGGUCAUACGAUUGCGGUGAAGUUGAUAAAGGAACAUGCUGUAGUUGUUGCAGCCACGCGCGGGUGCUAUAUGCGCCUUGUGGUGAAGCAUUUGUUGCAAAAUUUGGGUGUUAACACCACCCUUUUCGAGGUUAAUGAGGCGGAUAAAGCUGCCGUGUUGGAGGAGCUGUCCGAGAUUAAGGACGGCGAAGGCGGAAACAAUGGCGGUCCAGGGGAGUUGCCGGCGGUGUUUGUAGGAGGGAAGUUCUUAGGAGGGGUAAACAAAGUGAUGGAGACUCAUAUCUUGGGUGAAUUAGUUCCCAUGCUUCGACAAGCUGGAGCCUUGUGGCUUUGAUCUAAUUACUCAUUCUAAUGGCUUUUAGGUUGGAAAAAAAUUUGCGCGAUACAAUGUUGCUUGGAAUUUCAUUGAAAAACAAGUUAUUUUAAAUACAUGAUCAAAGAAAUGAUUUAGAUACAUGCUUUGUUUUGGGUUUUAAGGUGUGAACGGAAAAUAAGAAAAGUUAU